GAUUGUGUAACUUGACCUCCGGAACUAGGUGGCAGCACUGAGCUAAGAAGACCUUAAUCUGCUUUAAACUUGGUAGUAGAGGAAGACGGUUCACCAAAUGAACCCGGUUAAACCAGGAAAAACGACCGAAUUUUGGUGACAUUUUUAUGCGUUUGGCUUUAAACUUUUUUUUUUUUUUGGUUAAAAUCUGUUAAAUUUUUCCUCCUGGGGUUAAAAGAAUAACAUUAUCUAACGGUUCAAAGCAAUCUGGUUAUUCUUGUGACUUCCUGUUCCGGGAGUGCGGAUGCUGAACUUCUUAUUUGGUAAACUCUAGUACUAGACAUUAGCUCGGUUUAUUUACCACACAAUGAAGCUAAACGAAUAUCUGAAGAUGGUUUUAGGUGUUUUUAAAGACUGUGUUCCUGCGAUGACGUGCGGGGGCGUGGUCGUGGUUCUGUUGUCGUGCGUUUUGUUCGCCAUCCAAACAUCCUUCAGCCUCUCAGACGGCAUCUUCAGCCUGGGCGCAGCUGUUCUCCAGAGCGGACGCGUCCACGUCCUCGUGGUGUUUCCGUUCUACCACCGGACAGCGGCGCAGCUUCUCCUCAACGCCGCGGCGGUGCUGUUUCUGUGCGGCGGCGCGGAGAAAGGAGUCGGGACGAUCCGCUUUCUGCUCCUCUUCCUGCUGCUGUCCGCCACCACCGGGCUGCUUUACAGCUUCCUGGAUCUCCUGCAGGACGCCAACAUGCGGAGCCCCGCUGAUGGUUCGAUCCCCGUGACUCUCAGUUGCGUGGCUGUGACAGCCGCGCGCUCCAAGAUGCCCAGAAGCUUCAUGUGUGGGCUCAGCUUCCCAACGAUGGCUCUGCCCUUCGCGCUCCUCGUGGUCUGCACCGCCCUCAUCCCCCGCAGCGUGCUGCCCUGCAACGUCAUCGCCGUCCUGGUCGGGCUGGCGUUUGGCGCCGGCUGGUUCUCCCUGCUGGACAUGUCCGAGGCCAGAGCUGCAGUCCUGGAGAAGGUCAUCCCCUUCAGGUUCCUGAAAACCAUCAGGGGAGUCACCUUCGUCCCUGCAUCUGUGGAGGAGAGGAGGAAGACUCUGCUCCCACAAAUCAACCCCAGUCCUGGAUCCUACCCGGUCCAGAGUUAUGCUCCACUGUCCAGCGUUGGUAGUACCCAUGCAACACCAACUAUGCAUGAAGGCUGGCAGAACUUUGGCCCCUUCGGUGGGUCCGGGCACGCACCAGGGCACGCACCAGCAUCCGGUGGACACAGUCAUGGACACGAUCAUGGACAUAAUCAUGGACACAGUCAUGGACACUUUGGUCAAAGCUGCAACCACAGUCACGGUCUGCAUUAGUAACUGAUAUUUACUGAAGAUUCUACUAUAAAAGCUUUUUUAUUUUGCUCUUUCCAAUGACUGAUUUUAUACUGCAGCUUUUUUACUUUCCCUGUAGGGAGUUGCGUGUUUUGUAACUGUUUUCUAUGACCUCUAACUGCGGAAAUGUCAUCAGUAAACCCUAAAGUAUCUGCUGUAAUAGUUAAGAUGUUUCUCUGAAUGUAAACAAAUGUCUCAUUUUGUAUCAAAGUAUUUUUUUAACCUGCAGAUCUUAAAUGUUUGCAAGUUUCUUUGAAUAGAUUGUGACAGAAUUCA